UAAGCACGCUACUCUCGUACCUUGAAUCGGUCUGCCUCACCCUACGGCCCAAGACCUCAGACCGACUAUUCGACUACCCUCCACCCCCAACGGUCACGCUUCCCGCCUCAACCCCUUCCUGGGACCCAGCUGGCCUACGUCAAGGCCUGAGCCGGCCGCUUUCGCUACCCAGAGCUCGAAGAGCGUGUUUGGGCAACAACUAGUAUCGGCGACACCUAUUAAAAAAGACACCAAGGCAAGAUGAGCUCAGGAUAUCCGGCUCCGCCUAUUCACCACUCGCAGGCCUUCCCGCCAGAGAUGUCGGGUCCCUCCGCGCACCAUCCGGGCUAUGCCCAACUCCCUCCUCCCAUGCCGUCAAACCCAUACUACCAGCAGGACUCCAUAACCAACCCUCACCGCGCCGGCAUACCCCCUCCCCGAACCAACAUGGCCCCGCCUACCAUGCCUGGUCCCAGAGACCGCACAGAGCUCGUCGCAACUGAGAACGGGAUCAACGGUCCCGGCUCCAACCAGCUCACCUCGAAGCCUGGGGCCGAGGAGAAGGACAAGCCUGCUCCCCAACCAAUCGAAGGCACCGAUGCAACGCGGAAAUACAGAAUUUGGGUUAGACUCGAAGUUGUCCAGCAACCUCUUAGGGCGAGAAUGUGCGGGUUUGGUGAUAAAGACCGACGGCCUAUUACUCCUCCACCUUGUAUUCGACUAGUCGUGAUGGACAAGACUACCGGCAAGGAGGUGGAUUGCAACGAGGUCGAGCACCAACACUACGUGUUGCACGUCGAUCUUUGGUCCGAAAAUGGCGACAAGGAGGUCAACCUCGUCAAACAUUCGCAGCAGUCGCCCUCCAUCUCGUCAACGCAAGCUUCGUCGUUCCGGGAGGUCAUUGAAGGCAGUCAGGCUGCCGGCUAUGGAUAUCAGUCCAUUGUGCCAUCCAAUCGCGACUACGCUCAGCAAACUAGCGCUGGGUAUCCUCACACGAUGCCCCCCUAUCAGCCGGACCCAUACGGCCCAGGAGGCUACGGGUAUCCACCACAAGUACAACCGUACGGCUAUCCUACGAACUACCGAAGCGACAUGGGCAUGUCGCAACUGCCAUCACAACCAAUGUUCGGCCCCCGCUUCUCCCAGGACAUACCGGGGCACCAGAUAAACCACAGCCGUCUGAUGGGGACGCAAUCCCCGAAUGGCAUGUAUACGAGGAAUCUCAUAGGCAGCCUGGCUGCGAGCGCGUCGCGCCUCACGGACCCUACGGAUAAGAUAGGCAUCUGGUUCAUCCUGCAGGAUCUCAGCGUCCGAACAGAGGGGUGGUUUAGGUUGCGUUUUUCGUUUAUCAAUUUACGACGGCCGGAUUCGACCACCAACAGCGGUAGCGACGCCGAACUCCUGAACAGAGGCAGGGCGCCGGUUCUCGCCCAAGUCUUCAGCGAAAAGUUCCAGGUCUACUCGGCCAAGAAGUUCCCAGGCGUCUGCGAGAGCACCGCGCUCAGCAAGUGCUUCGCCGUGCAGGGCGUCAAGAUCCCGAUCAGAAAAGACGGCCAGGAUGGCAAAGGAACCAAGGGCCGAGGAUCCGACGACGAGGACGACCAGUAGAGCUUCGUGUCUAAUCAACGGGCGUCGGAGGACGAAGUCAGCUCUGUUGCCCCUCUCUUCUCACCCCUCCAUCCUCGGACUCGGCCGCAUAGGUUCGGGACUGGGGCGUCUCCUCUCGCCGACAUCCCCUCGAUAUCUCGUGGGCGGGAAAGUAGGGGGUCAGCUCCCACAUAUGGAAAGGAGAGGAGGGUGGGUCCCAUGUUAACACUGCAG